AUGAUGCCACUCGCGAAAUUCACUCGUGGAUCUGCCUGGCCAGUGUAUUUACUGUCAUCAAAGUCGCUCCGCACACGCGGACGCCGCCCGCCGCCCUUCCUCUUCGCGCCGAGUCCACGGUUGCCCUCAGCCCAUGACCUCCCGGCACCGGCCCAUGACCCUUACAUGCAACGGAAACAAAAACUGGUGUUAGUCUCACGCUCCGAUCAGCGCAGUCGUGUGGCCACUUCAGCCUUUACAGACUCGGGGACUCCGCCCACACCUCACCUGUACUCUUGUCCCGACCGGUCAACGCCGCCCACCCCCGUUACAAUGCCAUCUCUUUUCACUCUCACAAUUACCUUAUAUCGCGAUCCAUCCUCCUGCUUUACAACGCCCUACCCCCCUCGGAUCCACCCUUGCCGCCCACAUCACCGCGUGUCUGCUAGCCCCGACCGCCCCUCACCACCUUACCACACCCCAACCGCUGAAGACACGACUUCAUCACCGCCGGCGCUUCCAUUUCCCAGCCAUAACGCCGCCACACCCAACCACUGCCAUCUUCCCGCCUUCCCCGUGUUCCCUUGCCUGUAA